AUGAAGACUAAGAGGCGUCACAGGAACAGCGCUCCAGAGUGGGGUGCUUACUGUGACCUCAGUGAUCUGGGUGUUUACUGCAUCGAUCGGCGUUACAGCCACCACCUGGAGCCGCCGCGCUACAGAGACUACAUGAAGGGCUCCUUGUCCAGCACCUGCUCCCUCAACAGUGAGAACCCGUACGCCACCAUCAAUGACCCCCCCGCUCUCUGCAAACACUCUGAGAGCAGCUACGUGGAAAUGAAGUCACCGACUCGCCACGAUCACAUGACGCGCUGCUGCUCGGCCGCCAUCGUCACCACCGCCACCACCACCACGGCUCCCGCCAAGAACGUGUACGACAUGGGUACGAUUGAGAUCGGUGUGAUGACGGACUCCUCACGUUGUCACUGAUAGUUUGUUUCUCACGUUAAAAAUACAUUUAACUCAGAUUUAAAUGUUUUAGAAAGUUUGAUAGGAGCUGGAGUUUCACUGACGAGCCUCGUCUGAAGUCAAAUGAAUGAAAUGUUCGUCAGG